AUGCAAUAUGGUCUUAUUUCAGGGCCUGCAUUGAUUGGUACUGGCGAAGAUAUGAAGUUGUACACCAAAGGUUAUUCUGAUAGAAAGUGGGAUGGUCCUCUUCGAAGUUCAUGCUGUAUGAUGAGAAUUGCAGUUAUGCCUGACGGUAGCUUACUUGGAGUCGGUGAAGACAAUCAACUAUAUACUAAGACGUCAAUUUAUUCUGGCAGUUGGAAGGUCGUUGAGGGCAGUUGUUGCAUUCAGGAUGUGGCCGUGAAGCAGGACGUAUUCCCUGAGGCGACUGAAGAACCCAAAACUGUUGAACCCACAGAAGCACCAACCGAGGCCCCAACAGAUGCACCAACCGAGGCACCAACGGAGGCUCCAACAGAUGCACCAACGGAGGCUCCAACAGAACCACAGCCACCACCACCACCACCACCACCACCUUCGAAAUAUCAAGUUUUUACUGACUUAGUACAAAACAGAGAUGCUUACGGUGAAUGCUAUAAAAGAGGUAUGAUGCUUGCUGUCCCACAUGAUAAGAGUGCAUAUAAUGACAUAGUUAAUGCAAUCAAAGCCAAGGGGACACUGGAUGCAAAACGUUUCUGGUUUGGUAUAAGAACAAUCGAUGGAGAAAUUAAAACAAUUUAUGGAAGUAACGCUUACUACCGAGCAUUUGCACCUAACGAGCCCAGCGGUGAUGGCGGCUGUAUCAGUCUUUCGGUGGAACAAGAUUAUAAGUACGACGAUGUCAGCUGUGGGAACAAGGGUAUGUCCGUAUGCGAACCUCUAGAUCCUAACUUUGCUGCACAGUUAGUCAAAUACAAAGUAUUCGAAAUAAGGGCUACCCGUGAAGAUUCAAUAAAUGAAUGUAAAAGGAAAGGCAUGGUACUUGCCAGAGACAACAAUGAAGAUGUCCAUGCUGCCAUUACAAUCAAGAUUUGGAUACUUAACGCAAGAAAAGAGAAUUUUCACAUUGAUGCACUCAAAAGUGGUUCCGACGUGGUAUCAAGUGAUGGCACUGUUCAGAAUUUCAAACCAUUCGCAAAGGGCGAAGUUGAUGGACAAGGUGACUGCUUUUAUCUACGGAGAACUAAGGAAUUGCAGUGGGGCGAUCAAAAAUGCCAUAAGACGUUUGGAUACGUAUGCUACGACAAAAAUGCUACAUCUGACUAAGGAAUAUAUAUGCCAAAUAGAAGUUGAUCCUACCGCGAAGCCAACCAUGAACCUACACAGUGACACCAACGCAUGUCACCCUAUCCCAGUGAAAGAUGCAUUGCAUGAAUAAAUAAAUAAAUAAAUAAA